CUCUCUCUCUCUCAAGUGGCUUUUUAGAUAAGAAAGAUGGUGUUUUAAGUAAUCAUCCCAUGGACAUGGUUAGUAGAUCAUUAUCCUCCUCCCAAAUCAAACCAAAUCCUCUCAAACUUUUUUAAUUUUCUUUUUUGCAGCAACAAGCAGCAAGCAACAAUGAAGGAGAAGGAGAAGGAGAAGGAGAAGGAGAAGGAGAGAAAGGCAUGGAGACCCUUGACAGCAAAUUGCUGCUCAGUGGAAGAGCAGACAGUCUUUCGAAAUUUUAGCCGGUGCAGGCCUUCAAGAUCAGACUUGUCAAAGAAUAUAGGUCCAUUGCCUUCAUUUCGACGUUUAUCCUUCUCAGAUCUUAGUCGUUCAUCAUCGACGUCCAGGAUCAACGAAGAUCUAGCACAGUCAUUUGGGUCCGAUUUGUAUGAUUUUCAGCUGAGUGAGUUGCGUGCCAUAACUCACAAUUUCUCGAGCAACUUCUUGUUAGGAGAAGGUGGUUUUGGGAGAGUCCACAAAGGUUACAUAGAUGACAAUUUAAGACAGGGUUUGAAGCCUCAGCCUGUUGCUGUUAAGCUUCUCGACAUUGAAGGCUUACAAGGACAUCGCGAAUGGCUUGCCGAAGUGAUUUUUCUUGGGCAGCUUAGGCACCAAAACUUGGUUAAAUUGAUCGGCUAUUGCUGUGAAGAUGAAGAGCGGCUUCUUGUGUAUGAGUUCAUGCCUCGGGGCAGCCUAGAAAAUCAUUUGUUCAAGAGGAUGUCAGUUUCCUUGCCAUGGGGCACAAGAUUGAAGAUUGCUACUGGCGCAGCAAAAGGGCUCGCAUUCCUCCACGGUGCUGAGAAGCCCGUCAUAUACCGUGAUUUCAAGACUUCCAACAUCUUGCUAGAUUCUGAUUUCAAUGCUAAAUUGUCCGACUUUGGACUUGCAAAGAUGGGUCCUGAAGGAUCAAACACCCAUGUUACUACUCGGGUAAUGGGUACCUAUGGAUAUGCGGCUCCUGAAUACGUCAGUACAGGGCACUUGACCACAAGAAGUGACAUAUAUAGCUUUGGGGUGGUGCUACUAGAACUAUUAACAGGAAGAAGAGCAAUGGAUAAAACAAGGCUAAAGAGUGAGCAAAACCUCGUUGACUGGGCGAAGCCCUACUUGUCUAGCAGCCGGAGGUUGCGCUGCAUCAUGGACCCUAGACUAGCUGGCCAAUAUUCCGUUAAAGGAGCAAAGGAAAUGGCUCUUCUGGCACUACAAUGUGUUAGUUUGAACCCCAAAGACAGGCCAAGAAUGCCAGCCAUUAUUGAAACUCUUCAAGGCCUGCAACAACUGAGAGACAUGGCUGCUACUUGUGGACAAUGGCCACAAUCAUCCCCAAAACCAUCUGCCCAAAAUGCUGCACUCUCUUCUGCAAAAAGGGAGAAGAGACGACAGAGCUAAGAGGACCUGCUGGAAACACUCUCCAGUUGCUACAAUCCCCAAAAACUAAUUCUCUCAUACUCCUGGAAUCAAAGCGUGUGUGUGUUACAAAAACAAUUCCAUGUGUUUGAAAGUAAACAUUCAGAAUCUGAAGUACUAUAUGUCUCUAAUAACUUCUGUAAAUAGUGUAAUAUUAUUAUUAAGCAUAUAUUUUCCUUCUGUA